CCAACUGUGAAGUUAUGACAAGUAGUGAGGAGGAGGGUGCAGAGGGUGUUGUACAGUUUUAGUUACAUUUGUGUUUCAAGACUAGUGUUAGCAGCAAUGUAACGGGUUCACUUUAAAAAGAGGCGGGUCAAGCAGAGAGACUGCUCUCCGUUGACGUUUGAUGAUCCCCCUCCCUUCCCCCAGCAAACCAGGAGAUCCGGUGCUUGCUAUUGGUGCAUCAUGCAGAAUUGUUUAUCAACAGUGCCCUGGUGAGCUGCUACUGAGAGCUGUGGUGCCUGCUGCUGCUGCUACUGCUGCUGCAAGAGCAAGUGGAAGGGAGCUAGAAUGUCGGGCCCAGGGGAGGACAGCAUGUCUGGGACACUAGACUGGAAACAAAUGUACUAUGCAUCCUGGUCUCAGAUGAGUAACAGCGCUUCCUUGUCAACAAUGCUGCUCUACAUUGUAUUGUUUCUGGGACUGUACUUGCUUAUGGGCUGCCUUUGGCGUUACUACCAGAUCCUUCAUAGUAACGCACCUCCUGGCCCUACCCCCUGGCCCGUUGUCGGUAAUUUUGCCUUCAUGCUGAUGCCUGGGUGGCUCAUUCAACUGCUGAAUUUUGGGAUAGGCAGUGGGAAGCUGCGCAGGGUGCCGGCUGGGGCCACCAGAAGAGGUGCUUUCCUGUACCCACACAUUGUGCUGACUGAUAUGGCUAAAAUGUACGGAAAGAUCUAUGGUCUCUACAUUGGCACCCGCUUAAUGGUCAUCCUGAAUGACUUCAACACUGUCAAGGAUGCGCUUGUCAAUCAUUCGGAGGUGUUCUCUGACCGGCCCAGUGUCGCAUUGGUCACCAUCAUUACCAAGAGAAAAGGUAUUGUAUUUGCACCUUAUGGACCUAUCUGGAGGCAGCAAAGAAGAUUUUCCCAUUCUACGCUCCGACAUUUCGGACUUGGAAAACUCAGCCUUGAGCCCAAGAUAAUAGAAGAAUUUAAAUAUGUAAAAGCUGAAAUGCUUAAAUUCGGAGACAAAGGGUUCAGCCCCUAUGAGAUCAUUAAUAAUUCAGUUUCCAAUAUUAUUUGUUCCAUAAGUUUUGGCAAACGCUUCAAUUAUGAAGACAAAGAGUUUAAGACUAUGCUAAGACUGAUGUCUCGUGGGCUUGAAAUCAGUGUAAACAGUGAGGCCAUCUUGAUCUGCCUGUGUUCCUGGCUGUAUUACUUGCCAUUCGGACCUUUUAAGGACCUACGUAAAAUUGUUAUUGAUAUUACCGCAUUUCUCAAGAGAAUCAUUGGAGAGCACGAGGCCACUUUAGAUCCUGCUAACCCCAGGGAUUUCAUUGACAUGUACCUUCUUCACAUAAAAGAGGAGCAAAAAGAAAAGGCAGAAAGUAUUUUCAACACAGACUAUCUCUUUUAUAUCAUUGGCGAUCUCUUCAUAGCCGGCACUGACACAACCUCAAACACUCUACUGUGGUCUCUUUUGUAUAUGUGUCUUUAUCCAGAUGUGCAGGAUAAAGUCCAGGCUGAGAUUGACACAGUCAUUGGAAGGGAUAGGCCACCGUCACUUACAGACAAGUCUCAGAUGCCCUUUACAGAAGCUACUAUCAUGGAGGUUCAAAGAAUGACUGUAGUCGUCCCUCUUUCCGUUCCACAUAUGGCUUCAGAAACCUCAGUGUUCCAUGGAUAUACAAUACCUAAAGGCAGUGUGGUUCUGGCCAAUCUCUGGUCUGUGCACAGAGACCCGAACGUUUGGGAGAAGCCUAAUGAUUUCAUGCCCAAGAGAUUUCUAGAUGAGAAUGGGCAAAUCCUCAAAAAAGAAGCAUUUAUUCCUUUCGGAAUAGGUCGACGAGUCUGCAUGGGGGAGCAGUUGGCUAAGAUGGAAGUAUUCCUGAUGUUUGUGAAUCUGCUACAGUCUUUUAGUUUUUCCUUGUCUGAUAACAAGUUCAAGCCAUCACUAGAAGGGCGGUUUGGUCUCACGCUUGCACCCUAUCCAUUUGAUAUCAAGAUCAAAGAACGAUAGAGCUUAUAAUAAUGUGACACUAUCUUUCCCAUAAAUCAAUGUCUGCUCUUAAUUAGUGGCAGAAAAUAAGGCAUUUGUAUUACCCCAAUUUCUGCCUUUCUGAGCAUACAUCUUGGAUUGCACUUAGGUGUAAUUUGCUCUGUGUACUGUCCUGAAACUGCCAUGAAGUAGAUUUGAUCUGUGAACAAGUUAAUAAUGAUGAUCAAAGUGGUGAUUGAUUAAACUUUAAUAAUACCUGUACCUUUCUCUAUAUGAUAUGCAACAAAUAGUAAUGCACAGCUAUAUCCAAAUAUAGAUAACCACUGAUAUAUGGAUUAAGACAAAUUAUGAAGUGAUAAAGAAGCAGUAUAUAAGCGUUCAUAAACAGGAGAAAGAAGGAUAAUAAAAAUAAAUGUUUACCAUAUGUAUGUACUGAUACAUAGAACAAAAAAUUCCUAAAGAACUUUUAAUCACUAAUUCAAAGGGAAGGCUUAAAGCCAAAACAGAAUCAUAAAAGGAAUCUUUAUAUGACUAUUGUUAAUACCAGUGACCAGUCAGUGUGCUGUAGCAUUUUUCAGCAGUAUUGUUAGUAUUAGGAACUACGAGAAUUUUAUGUAUACUGUGUCUAGUGCUUACAGAAGGAAGAUAAGACUGCUACAGAAACAUGAACGGUUGAACUAGGGGAAUGUACCUGAAAAGACAAAUAGCUGUUGCCCAUAGUAAGUGGCACAGAGCCAGUAUGCUUUUAUACCAAUUCAACAGUUAAGUGUUAAAGGAGAACUAAAGCUUAGCUAAAGAAGUAGGCUAGAAAUGUUGUACAUUAUGUUUUGGGCUUCUGUACCAGCUCAAGGCAACCACAGCCCUUUAGCAGGGAAGAUCUGUACCUCC